AUGUCUCGUAAAUGGUCUGAAGUACAGAGCGACUCAUUUUUCGUGCAAGAAACCUCUUUGUCCCCAAAACACAACUCUACUUUGCACGCUCUUGCCAAUCAAAUCGCAGACUUCUUCAAUGCUUUGUGCUCCUUCUGCAUAGCCCGAAUGAUCUGUUGGAGGGCUCUCAAUUCGUUCUUCUCAGACGUGUUCACCUUUGGGGGCAUCAUUGAAGCUGCAUCUGCGCUUUUGCUCGCGCCAGUGGCAGCAUGUGCAGUGCUUCUCUCCAUGCACCCGGACGCCGGAUACGAAGGCUAG